AAAAAUGGCUGCGCCCAUCUAGCUUUAUUUUGCUGACAAGCACAAGAUUUGGACACAGAUUUUCCCAAUUUCGUUUGAUUAUCAUUCAAAUUUAUCGCGGUAUAUCGAAGAUCCUGUAAACUGGAUACAAGUAAAGCUGUAUCAAGAAGAUGUUUUCUAGACCAAAACCUGGGGAAUCUGAAGAUGAUUUACUCAAAUUUCAACAAGAAUUUCUGGCAAACCAAACAAAAGCAGCUGCUGCUGUUGUGAAAAGAGGAGAUAAACGAAAGUCUCAAGAUGGAAGUCAAUCUGAGGAUAAGAGGGAUGUUGUUGAAUUAGAAGGUUUACCAUCUGAAGUUCCUUCUGAACACAUUCCAGUAAAGAAAUCAAAGUUUCGGAAGUCUCAAGAACAGAAAUCAAAACUUUCAAGAGAUGCAACAUUUGAUCCUGAAGAAGAAAUGGAUAAACAUGACACACAUAUGGCAGCGGUUUUGACCAAAAUAAUUGAGAGGGAUACUAGAAAUGAUGGUGUGUCUUUACCCAAUCCAUGUGCUGAAGGAUUUCCUAAAGUGCAGCAUCUUGAACAGCAAAAUCUGCCAAAUCAACCCACAGCCAAAACAGGGAAAAAGAAGAAAAGUUUAUUUGCACAACAGUUCAAUGCCAGUGGUGCUAAAGAUUUUGGAUCAAUGGUAGAACAAGAAACUAGUAGAAUUAAAGAGGGAGAGGAACCAGAUCAAAUGGAAAUUUCUGAAGGAGGUGUAGCAGGACCUUGUGCUAUAGAAGGAACAGGCCUAAGUGCUACUUUUGGUAGGGAUGAAGCCAUAAAAAUCCACCAAGAGAAUGUACAAAAGUUACACUCUAUGCCUGAAUCUGAGAUUUUCGAAGAACAGCAAAAACUCUUAGAAGUUUUAGAUCCAAAGCUGGUGGCAUUCCUUAGAAAGAAGAAAACUGCUGGUACUGAGCAAAGCAAGAACACAUGUCUGACAGAAACCAAUUCCUCCAGUGGAAGUAAAAAUAGGAGUAAUAAGUCGCAAGCAAAACUAGAACAAAGGGAUUUACCUGUCAAACCAAAGAAAGAAUGGCCCCACAUGGAGAAGUUAGAAUAUGAUAAACUAGAAUGGUUGAAAGACUUACCACCUCCAAGUACAGACAGUAAAGAGACUGGGCAACAUGCAAGAUUUGAUUUCCAUGGCAACCUAAUGUCUGCUGAUGCUGAUGUUCCAGUAAACAUAGGACUUCAUCAUCAUGGUGACGAACCUGAGAGGCCUGGUUACACAUUAGAAGAAUUAUUCCACUUAGCUAGGAGCACCAACAACCAGCAAAGAACAUUAGCUCUUCAAACUUUAUCAAAUGUUAUCUGCAGAGUAAGAUCAGGGGAGCUUGAAGCUCUAGUGCAGUCUCCUGUUCUUCCAGCUCUUAUUGAUGCAGGUGUGAUGUUUUUGUUAAGAUGGGCUCUGGAUGACACUGUUGAAAUGGUGGUAUCAGCUGCAGUGUCUGCCUUAUGUAACCUGUUGGUGUGUGACUCUGACGAGGCCUUUCUGGACAGGGUAUUCUCAUGGAAUCAAGGUUAUUGUAUUCCAACACAUCAACCAAAGUCUUCUGAAGAUGAUACAACUGAAAAAGUCAAGAAUGAAGAAGAAACACCAGAAGACCCAGAUGCAGAUCUGCUCAAAAGAGAUAUCAUUUUGUGUCUGGUAACCAGGAUGAACUUCUUGCCCCGACUGAGAUAUAUUUUGACAAAGACAAAGCCACAAGCACCUGUUGUAAUCAACAUAUUAAGUAUACUGUGUAGAUUAGCUCAUCACUCACCAAAGAUAGCUUAUGAUAUUUUUCAGUGUCCUGGUCUAUUAGAUGUAAUAUUACAGGAAUUUCUACCUACAAGUUGGAGUUUUGAUGAUACAGGGCAGCCAAUAUCGAAUGUUUAUGGAAUUCCAGUUACUAUGGCAAUGAGACUUAUGAGAUGUUUAGCACAAGCAGGAAAAAACAUGGCUUCCAUAUUGUUGACUGAUAACCAGCUUCAAGCCAGACUUUUGAGAUAUAUGGUUGAAGUAAAUCCAAUGUCUCUGCAACUACCCAAAUUGGAAGCUUACAACCUACAGACUGAGAGUUACAGGACAUGGAAAGUCUGUCUUUUGUAUGGUCUCUCAACAGAAACUUAUAUAGAUAUGUUUCCAGUUAUAAUAGAAAAGUUAAAGAUUAUAGAAGAGAAUAUUAGUAAUGAGUCUUUGACGGAUAAUCAGAUCAAUAACUACAUAGAGCUUAUUGGAGCCCUGGAGGCUGUGGUUCAUGUUGCUGGUUCUAAUAAAAACCAACAAGCAAAGUUUAACAGAAGUCAGGAAGGCCAAUCAAUGGAAGUUGAAAGUUCUGAGAUUGUUGCUAUGCCAACUAUCAACUGGGGUCAUAUUGCUGAUCUCCUACAUCCUAUGUCAAGGUCACUUACUAAAAUUUUAAACUACAUCAAAGAUAAUUAUCAAUUUAAGAAACUGGAUCUUCAGUGUGCAUCUGUUUGCCUAAAUUUUAUCACAUCUUAUUAUUCAAGAUUGUCAAAUCAGUCUGGACCAAACACAGUGGACUAUUUACAACAGAUUGAAGCCUACUGUGAUGAGGUAUUAUUACCAUGUUGGCAGUCCAUUGGUUUUCGUGUCAUACUUGAAAGACUAGGUCAGUUUUCAAACAUAUUAAAUCCUCCAGCUGAAAAAAGAAAAGAAUGUGUACAUAGUUUACCAUCCCUAGGGUGCUCCUCACUAAAGGAGGAUAAAAUGCUACCUGUAAUCCAUAAAGGAAGUCCAUGUGGAUUCGUAACAGCCUUAUUAAAUCAGAUUCAUACAUUGUGUCAUAUUCAUAAAGGACUUCAGGAUAAAAUUUUGCCAUUCGUGCUGAAAGAUGCUGACAUUGCAAGCUACAUGAAAAAAGUUGCUGGUAGUAAACAAGGUCAUCUCCAUAGCAACUACUUUACCAGAUUUGAAAAUCUGUUACAGUAUUAUUAUCUUAAACUUGCAGUUAUGUGGGAUAAAGACAUACUUUUUGAUGCCACUAUUCUGCAAUGUUUAACCUUGAAAUUACUGACAAGGUUACAUCACGGUGAUGAAUUUAUUGCACAUGAUUUGUUCUCAACAGUACUAUUCAGACCAACGUUAUGGAGUAACCAAUCAGAAACGGAGACCCUGGCGUCACUAGAGAGCUUGAGGCUCUCUGACAUCACACAUCUUCGCAGUGCUACACAGCAAGAGUUUACUUUUACCUGUACCCAGCUGACAUCAGCAGCUAGAUCACAGCUACCCAGUAUUAGAGCUACAUACAUUAAAGCUUUCAGUUAUUUUGAAAAAGAGGCUUUUGUGUCAAGACAUUUGUUUCAUAUGAAUCCACUCGAAGUACAGAAAUUACUUACCUCCAGCACAGAAGAGUUCUUGUUGCCUGCUGACUGGAUGUACAUGCCACUCGUUUAUUUAUAUAAUCAUUUUAGCUCUGUUGGAACAGAAGUACAGAAUGCAUUAUCAGUGGGUGAAACUGAAACAAUAUCUAAUGUUCUGAAAUGGAUAUUCCUGCUAGAGAGAGAUCAGUCUGAAGUCAUGUCAGCAAUAUCUAUAACACUGAAAAUAUCAAGAUUGAUGUGCACAUUUUUAACAGGAAAUGAUUUGUUCCUUGACAAGACUGUCCACUGUUACCUGGCAGCUUUCCUCAGAGAGUAUACAAAACCAAUGAAUCUAAAUAUGAUGAAUUUUGAAGAAAGUAUACCUGGGUUGUUGUCAUUUUAUGAUUUUUACAUCACAGUCCUUCACCAGUUUGAGGCUGUGUCAUUUGGAGAUUCUUUGUUUUGUUGUUAUGUCCUCAUUCCAUUACAACAACAACAUGGACUGGAAUUAAGGAGGUCUAUCUGGACAGAACAUAGGGGAAUACUUAGAACUCUAUACUUGCCUGUCACAGAGAUGUUGAUUCCAAUAGAGAGAUAUUUAUAUCCAGAAGAGACAAACAUAGAAAUGAUACGACUUUAUUAUGAGUGUUUGUUGUCAUUAACAGUACGACCCAGAUGGGCCCCUGUGUUAUACAUGGUUGCUGUUCAUCAUGUUAAUAGAUUUAUUUAUACACAAGAUACUAAACACACUAAGUUAAAGCAUGCCAUGUUAAAAGAGGCACUUAGAGGGGAAUACAAGGAUCUUUGUCAUCAUCUACUGUACUACAAACAACCUGAUGUUACUAUGGGUUUUGGAAUGGAAUUCUAUCAAACUUUACCAGAUAUCAGGCAACAGUUGCUCGACACUUUACAGAGUCACUAAUAUUGGACAUCAUCUUUGUGACAGUUUUCCAAGGAAGUUAUAUAUCAUUUUGUCUCUCUGAAGAGUGACUGAUUUCUUCACAAUACUUUACAGUGUUUAAAGAAUAACUCAUAAUUAUCAGAAAACACUGUUUGAGAGUUGACAGACUAACUAAUAUUGGACAACAUUUUCUCGUCAGUAUAGCAUUAACUUGUAUGUGUUUAAUGCAUACUGUUACCAGGCAACAAUUUCAUCUGAUAUUUGAACACUUUGCUGAUUUUUUAAUGUCAUGAAUUAAACAUGAAAAAACUGA